AUGUCGCAGAGGAAGUUGCAGCAGGAUAUUGACAAGCUGCUGAAGCGGGUGCGCGAGGGGCUAGACGACUACGAGGAGGUGUAUGCGAAGUUUCAGGCGACUGAUGCGGAGAACGGGUCGUAUAGGGAGAAGCUCGAAGGAGAUCUAAAGCGGGAGAUCAAGAAGCUGCAGAAGCACAGGGAGCAGAUCAAGACGUGGCUUGCGAAGGACGACUGCAAGGACCGGGCGCCGCUACUGUUGGAGAACAGGCGCGCCAUAGAGCAUGGGAUGGAGCGGUUCAAGACCGUAGAGAGACUCAUGAAGACGAAACAGUUCUCGAAGGAGGCGUUGCUGAACCCAGAUAUUACGAGGGACCCGCGGGAGUUACAGAAAAGAGAGCAGAUGCAGUUCGUGCAGAGGUGUAUAGAGCAACUACACACGCAAUUGGAGAGGCAUGAGGCGACUCAGGAUUCGCAGCAGUGCGCGCGACACGAGUUCCAUAUCGCUCAUUUGGAACAUGUUCUCAAGUUGCUACAGAACGAUGGGAUCGACCCGGAUACAGUCGCGGAAUUCCAAGAGGAUAUCAGUUACUACGUGGACAACAACGAGGAACCAGAUUUCGUAGAGUACGAGACCGUGUACCAGGACAUGAACGUGGAUCUGGGUAAAAGUACAAGUACAUCGCAGCAGGCAGUGGACCCAACGCACAGGAAACGCGAGGACAAGUCCCCCAGGAAGAAACAGUCCACGAAAUCGUCUGUUAUGUCAUCCCCAGAGAAGACCACCGCAGCAGGGAUCGCCAUGGCGGACUCCACAGAGCAGGAACGCACACCGUCGAAGAAGAGGGAGAGGGAUACACCGUCUCUCCAACAACAACAGCAACAACAGCAACCGGACUUGCAGUUCCCACAGGACAAGUCGAAAGAGAUUCAGGACUCGAUCGCCCAGGACCUUGCCAGCAAGCGCGCGUUCAAAAACCCGCUUUUCAACAGCGAACUGCCCUUCUGGCUGGACACGAAGAACACGCUCGUGCAGCCGCACGACGAGAUGCCCGCGCAAAUGGCCGCACAGCUGGAGUCCUCCCUGUUGAACUGUCCGGACUCCCUCGACGCGGACUCGCCGUACCUUUACAGGAAACAACUGUCAUUACCGCACCCUACGUCGAUCUUCUUCCCCAAUGAACCUAUACGGUUCGUCUACACUUUCGAGACACCGGGGGACCACACGAGCGGCGACAUAUACGCUAACACCUCGCUCGCGAAGAUCCUUACAAAGUUCGACCUCGACACGCUCUUCUUCAUCUUCUACCACUACCAGGGCACGUACGAGCAGUUCCUCGCCGCACGCGAACUCAGCAUCAACAGGGACUGGCAGUUCAACAAGAAGGACCGCUGCUGGUACUACAAAGAGAUCGAGAAACUGCCUCCAGGAAUGAACAAGUCAGAGGAGGAGUCCUGGCGGUACUUCGACUACAAGAAGUCCUGGCUGGCAAGACGUUGCAACUCGGACUUCGUGUACAACGAGGCAGACUUCGAGAAGUUGUAG